CGCGGGGCGGCGCCCGCCCGCCGGCGCGCGGCCAGCGCAGCGCCAGAGCCGCCCCGGUCGCCGCGGACUCCACAUUCCAACGUCGCUGUGCUGCCGGUUGAGGAACCAGUGACUGAGUGACCGUCUUCUACCCGUGCGACAAUAAACAACCACCACCAUGUCUGACGAGGAAGAAUACUCUGGCUCCGAGGAGGAGGAAGUAGAAGAAGUCGUCGAGACACCCGCCCCUAAACAGGAGAGUAGACCAUCGAUCGCGGGCGAGGGAGACCCAGAAUUCAUCAAGCGUCAAGACCAGAAGCGGUCAGACUUGGACGAGCAGUUGAAGGAAUACAUCAACGAAUGGCGUAAACAGCGAGCCAAGGAAGAGGAUGAACUCAAACGCCUCAAGGAGAAGCAGGCCAAGCGCAAGGUAUCUCGCGCUGAAGAAGAGAAGCGCCUCGCCCAGAAGAAGAAGGAAGAAGAGGAGAGGAGAAUCCGCGAGAUUGAGGAGAAGAAACAGCGCGACAUCGAGGAGAAGAGGCAGCGACUCGAAGAGGCCGAGAAGAAGCGCCAGGCCAUGGUACAGGCGAUGAAGGAAUCCAGCAAGACCGGACCCAACUUCACCAUCCAAAAGAAGAGCGACAACUUCGGCCUUAGCAACGCCCAGUUGGAGCGCAACAAGACCAAGGAGCAGCUGGAAGAGGAGAAGAAGAUCUCCCUCUCCAUCCGCAUCAAGCCUUUGAGCAUCGAGAACCUGUCCGUCGACAAGCUGAGGGUGAAGGCCCAGGAACUCUGGGACUGCAUCGUCAAGCUCGAGACCGAGAAGUACGAUCUCGAGGAGAGGCAAAAGCGACAGGACUAUGACUUAAAAGAGCUCAAAGAAAGACAAAAGCAGCAGUUGAGACACAAGGCUCUUAAAAAGGGUCUUGACCCCGAAGCACUCACAGGCAAGCACCCGCCCAAGAUCCAGGUAGCCUCCAAAUACGAGAGGCGCGUCGACACACGGUCCUACGACGACAAAAAGAAAUUGUUCGAAGGUGACCUAGAGAAACUGAACAAGGACUUCCUCGAAAAGGUGUGGAGUGAGAGGACCGACCAGUUCAAGGGAAGGCAAAAGACGAGACUGCCCAAGUGGUUCGGCGAGCGGCCCGGCAAGAAGAAGGACGAGCCCGAGUCUCCCGAGGGCGAGGAAGACGUGAAGGCCGAGGAGCACGAGGAGGACGACGAGCCCGCGUACGAGCCCGAGCCCGAGGAGGAGGAGGAGGUCGUCGAGGAGGAGGAGGAAGAGGAAGAAGAAGAGGAAGAAGAAGAGGAGGAGGAGGAGGAAGAAGAAGAAGAGGAAUAAAUAACGCGGCACAGCUGAUUUGUGAAACAAGCGCCACACGGACCGGACGCGUCGGACUGUACUGUUUUGUAACCAAUCCAUUAACUUAUUACUUUUAUAAAUUAUUUUUAUUAUUUAUACUGUUACAGCAUUCGUUACGGAACAUGGACUAUACAUUCGCACUUACGUCGCGAAGAUCUAUGACGUCACAAUAAACUAAUUUAUUUCAUAA